GACCCUGCGUGAAGAUAGACCCAAGCCUUAUUUCCUCGACUUUCUGUUUCGUUCUCGUCUCUCUCUUUUACCCUUGUUCGCAGCACAGAGCUCCACUAAGAAAAAUGCCAGGAGAUAGGAGGAUUGGAGUGGCCAUGGACUUUUCCCAGAGCAGCAAGAGAGCUCUGGCAUGGGCCAUCAAUAACUUGCUUGAUAGAGGAGAUACUUUUCACGUCAUAUACGUCAAUCCAAGCUCACUCGAUGAAUCUCACAGCACUCUCUGGUCCAAAUCUGGCGCUCCUCUUAUUCCCUUGAGUGAGUUCAGAGAACCGGAGAUUAUGAAGAAGUAUGAUGUGAAAAUAGACAUCGAAGUGCUUGAUUUGCUUGAUACUGCUUCCAGACAAAAAGAGGUGAAAAUCGUUACAAAACUCUACUGGGGAGAUGCGAGGGAGAAGCUUAUCGACGCGAUUGAAGAUCUUAAACUGGACUGUAUAGUCAUGGGUAGCAGAGGACUGGGCACUGUUCAAAGGAUAUUGCUUGGAAGUGUAAGCAACUAUGUGAUGACACAUGCGCCUUGCCCUGUUACCAUUGUUAAGGAAUCAAGUUUCAACAAGUAGUGAAAUAUGUCUUAUAAAAUGGAGGGUGCUUUGAAUUUCGAAUUGGGGAUGUAAGGUAUCAUUUGAGCCGAUAAGUUGUUGAUGGGUCAUGUUUUGAUGGAUGGUUUUCCGUAUGUUCUGUGGUUAUCUGCCAUAGCCAACUUUGAGAAAAGUGUAUGCGCCCUGAUCUUGAAUAAAUUAAGUAGUCUAUUUUAUUUUAUUUUA